AUGACAGGAACUCCUUUGUCGUGGGCUCCUCCCUCGUACCCACCUACUACCAUAGAGAAUGAUGGGGACAACACUUCGCACGGAGCUUCGAUUAUCCAUCCCGGGUCUGGAAAUCCUGAUCGUCUGGAACUGAAGAGCGCCACGCGGAACGUCACCAGCCCUGAAGACGUUGACCAAUGGACCAACACCCAUCUUGAACUUGAUUUUGUUGGAAUUAAACACGACGUUAUCUUACAGCCUACCGGUGGUAAUUUCUACUACGGCGCGGCGGUGGCGUUCAGCUCGUCAACCGAGGACCAGACCCUGACGGCUCUACUUCCCUUCCGGGCUGGUCUUGGUAUUGGCCCUGCAAGCCGUCUUCAUGGAUAUCUUGAAAUUGAUGGUAACCGACACGAGAUUGAUUCCAAACAAUCAUUCGCCCUGUUCAAAAGACAAUGGGGCAACUUCCACAAUGGAAAAGGUUACUUUGCCCUUUGGUUCUACCUAGAGACGGGAGAAGUUCUCAUUUCCUGGUCCAUGGAACCAAAUCUUGACGGCGAAUCAAAAACCGCAUUCGCUUCUGUUUGGCACCCGAAUGGCCGACAUGAAAUGCUACCUGUCGGUCCCAAGAGCCGGACUUCUGAGAUUGAAGCCAGCCCCGAAACCGGCUUGAAGUACUUUAACAAGUUCUUUCUGGAUUUGCCGGCGCGAGAUGCCUGCCUCUUUCACAUUCACCAAGUGGGUUCGCGACGGUGCAUUGGCCCCGGGCCCGCCGGGGCAGCGUGA